GUUAUUUGGAGAACGUGGACGUGUUUUGAUAGUUUUUCCGCGUUGCCAGAAAGGGAACCAAAGGUCGAUCUGGCUAUACAGCACAGUAGUGAAGAGCCGGCGGAAAUAACCCUUGUCGGUGCUGACGAGGGAAGAUGUCUCGCAGUUGGUGGGGGCUAGGAGGGCUGGGCUGGAGCUGCUUUGCUAGAUAGGAAGAGGGCCGAGAUAAUCGAGGCCGCUGUCCGCCCCAGUCGACAGGCGGCAUCCGGGGCUGCCGUUGCCAGAACACCUGACGUGUUUCCGGGGGCGGGGCUUGCUGGCCAUGAGCACGCUCACUUCCGUCGCGCCUGCGCCGUUGGCUCCCGGCUGCGGCGGUUUAUUGGGAGCAGCGCGGAUGGGAGAGCGUGCUCUAACUGCCGAGGGAGAUGCGCUGUAGUGCAGCUGUCAGGGCCUGCCGUCAGGUCUGCAGGUGCCUGUCGUCAGGAUUUGGGGGUCGUGUGGAUGGCGGGCAGCCGGAACUCUUGAGGGAAAGCAGUAGUUCCCCCGGAGAGCCCCUGAGGGCGAACGCGGAGCUUCCCCCGGGCAGCGAGCAGACAGGAGCCCCGGAGUAUGGAGAGGGGGGCGAGGCGCUGUUAGAGAUCUGUCAGAGAAGGCAUUUCCUCGGUGGGACCAAGCGACCGCUCAGCCGAGGUUCUCUUCUGAGCGGGUGCCACAACGGUUUUGGACCCUUGGGCAUAGAAUUGCGGAAGAACCUGGCCGCAGAAUGGUGGUCCUCCGUGGUGGUGUUCAGGGAGCAGGUCUUCCCGGUGGACGCCCUCCACCAUGAGCCUAGCCCUUCGCCUCCCGGAGGCAGUGCCUUCAGGUUAGUUUCUGCAGAAACUCUCCGCGAAAUCUUGCAAGACAAAGAGCUGAGUAAGGAACAGCUAAUAACAUUUCUUGAGAAUUUACUAAAAACAUCUGGGAAACUACGGGAGAACCUUCUUCACGGUGCCUUGGGGCACUACGUUCAUUGCUUGGACCUGGUAAACAAGCGGCUUCCUUACGGCCUUGCUCAGAUUGGAGUGUGUUUCCAUCCUGUUUCUGACACUAAGCAAAUAGCUCAUGGCGUUAAAAGAAUUGGAGAGAAGACUGAAGCUUCACUGGUAUGGUUUACUUCAGCGAGAACUUCAAACCAGUGGCUUGAUUUCUGGUUGCGCCAUCGACUCCUGUGGUGGAGAAAGUUUGCUGUGAGUCCAUCCAGCUUCAGCAGCAGCGAUUGUCAGGAUGAAGAGGGACGAAAAGGAAUCAAACUUUAUUAUCAUUUUCCUUGGGGAAAGGAGCCAAUAGAAACCCUGUGGAAUUUAGGAGAUCGUGAACUUUUACACAUGUAUCCUGGGGAUGUGUCGCAGUUACACGGCCGAGAUGGACGGAAAAAUGUGGUGCCUUGUGUUCUCUCUGUCAGUGGGGACCUCGACCGAGGCCUCCUGGCUUACCUCUAUGACGCUCUCCAGCUAACAGAGGACUCCUUUACAAGAAAGAAAAAUGUUCAAAGAAAGGUACUUAAACUUCACCCUUGUUUAGCCCCUGUGAAGGUUGCUCUGGAUGUGGGAAGAGGCCCAACAGUGGAACUAAGACAGGUUUGUCAAGGGCUGUUUAAUGAAUUACUAGAAAAAGGAAUUUCCGUGUGGCCUGGUUAUUUGGAAACUGUGCCAUCCUCAUUGGAACAACUUCAUACAAAGUAUGAUGAAAUGAGUAUCCUCUUCACAGCUUUGAUUACUGAAACUACUUUGGAGAAUGGAUUAAUACAUCUGAGAAGUAGAGACACCACAAUGAAGGAAAUGAUGCAUAUAUCCAAAUUAAAAGACUUUUUAAUCAAGUAUAUAUCAGCAGCCAAGAAUGUAUAGGUUCUCAUAUUUGUGUAUCAUAAAUACUCUUUUCUCCUAAUUUGGUUGUCUUAUGGUAACUUAGAAUAUUUUAGCCCUUUUACGCUUAGGAAGUGGACAUUUCUGGUGCUUCCUUUGAUUAAGUUUUUAUUAUAUUUUUGAUAUAUUCCAUUGUAUCAGGAUUAUGUUCAACUACAAGAAACAGAAGUUCUAGGGACCAGCAGUUAGCGUAAGGGCUAUGUCACUGAACUCCCAU